ACCACAGCAGUGACAAGUGUGUUUUCAUUAAACCAGUGUGGUUUAAUUAAAUUAAUAAAUAAUGCAAUUUAAAUAAAUGAAAUGUUAAUAACAUUUUAAUAUAUUCAUUAGAUUUUAUAGAUUAUACUGAUAUAUGCUAAAGAGCUUUUCUAAUGCUUGUUGCUUCAUGUUUUUAUCUGUCCUUCAGUGGAAACAAUAAUAUUGCCAUUGAUAAUAUUCUCAUUGGCUCAUUAAUAACGGGGGGUGUGAUCCUUAUCGCUGUGUUCAUCACCUGCUGCGUCUGCCCCUGCUGCUGUAUCUAUAAAAUGUGUAGAACACCCAGACCUGUGGCAGGAGCUCAUGUGACUACAAUCUCAAAUACACAUUUCAUUCAGCAGCAGCCUGUAAUGCAGGGGGGCCAGUACCCACAAUACCAACCAGUGCCGACUCAACCGGGUUACGGUCAGCCAAUGCAGACGGGCCCGUAUCAGGGACAGCCAUAUGCACCAGGACCCCCACCCUCAUAUCACGUGGCCAUGAGUCCUGGAUAUCCCACUAGUCAGAGUGCAUAUGACGGAGGCCAGGCCAUGUACCCCAUGCAGCCGCCUGCCCAGCCGGGGGUCACGUAUUUGCCUUCAGAAACAUUGAAUCAGCCGGCCUACAACCCCGCCUACAUGCAGCCACCAAACAUCGCUUACUAAACCACAACCGUCUGUCAAAUUGCUGGACUGUGGAGGUUGACGCACAUUUCGCGAAGCAGUAAGAAUGUGGCCAAA